ACAGGCGGCGGGUUUGUUGCAGUGCGCAUGAGUCUGUUGCCUUCGCUGACACCGACUGCUUGAACAGGUUGUGUUGUUUGGGGGCCACCUACUGACUCUGGGAAGCCGCUGCGUCUGACUGUGGGGCGAGCGCCACAGUGCAAUAUGCGCCUCGGUGGGAAGCCGCUGCGUGAAGACAUAUCAUGGAAGAUGCUUGACUGGAUCGAGGCCUGGUGACUCCUGAGGCUACUGUGUUCAAUAAAUUCACUGAAUACACUGGAAUCUGCUCUAGGACUCUUCCCCAUUCCAAAGAUGCUGCCGAUGCCCGGAGUAUUCCGCUUUCCAUGGGAGUUCAGUUCUGGAGCUGUGCAGCCAGGGGAAACACUCAGGACGUAUGGCAGACUUGCAUGUUACAAAGCAGAAGAGUCAGAAGCCACCUUGACAGCUCAUGACGGAACUUCUGAUUGUCAAGUGUGUGUGUGUACACAGUUAGUGGAACCUUUCCAGGCCAUCACAGGUGCCCCUUAUGUCACACUUGGAGAAGCAGUAAGGCGAGAAGCAGAUGGUGCUCUUGUCCUUCAUGCCCGGGUACUCACGUGUGUGGAAGGAGUUGACUUACAGUUGCUGCAACAAGCUGUGAAUGAGCAGAGAGCCUACUUUCUGGAGAGGAGCUCACCUGAGGCAGCUCUCCCAGAAGCCUCCACUGGCACUUGACAGCUUUGCCAUCACACUGGAUAUAUUCAGUACCUUUUCUGUCCUGCUGAAGAUGACUGGGAUGGCAGUUUCAAAAAUCUGUUGUGGGUGCCUGGAGUACAGGACUAAAGAGUUCUGCUUGCUGCCAGUACAACAUGCAAUAAAGAUUAAGAGACACCUUA